CUCGCGUCGCUAAUCGUCGUUAAUCAAGGAUGGAUUCUCUUUCAGAGAGUGAGAUAGCGCAGAUAGCGAGACUCCAGAGAGAUGCUGGCGUGCAGAGGCUCAGCUGUCACUUUUCAUGGCCUGAGUUCUGUGAUGAACGGCGCUGCUUCCAUCAGGAGUUUGCGUAUGAUGUUGCUAUGUUUGCCGCCGCCUGUGGCUUCCCCUGGCCUGCUGUAAUCCAGACAGCUGUAAUUGCCAAAUGCAUCUUCCCACAGCUGGAUGGUCUGGACAUACCCAAACUACUGUCCUUGCUGAGAGAUGCGCUGUCUGAGUUUUUACCAAACCUCACCCCUGUGCACCGACACAAGUUCACCCAGUUCCUCGCAGACACCUGCUCCACACGAUGGAGGCUUUUUCAGGCGGUGGUGGGUGGAGCUACGACCAUGUCAAUCACUCAGCUACACUUGGAGGUGCAGUUGCCGCCUACGCCAUGCCCUCUCCCACAGGGCACAGAGGUGCAUGAGUGGGAGCGUCAGCGCCAGCAAACCCAGCUCACCUCUACCUUGCGACAGAAGGAGGAGGAGCUGAGAAGUCUCAGAGAUGGGUCAAGGGUCACUCUGGGGGAUAUUCCUGAGGAUGUGCAACUGGACAAAGAGAGUGUGUUGGAGCUGGUUCGUGGAGCUCUGAGGGCCACUGAAGGCCAGAUGCUGGUGAGUCUGAAUCAAGAGGCCUCCCUGCUCAGUGACAUCCUGCUGCUCAAACUGCAGCAGGCAGCUUUGGCCACUGGGAGGCUCCACAAUCCUGUUACUUCCAGUACAGGUCACAUCAGUGGACGUUCAGACACACCAGUAAAGGGAAAAAAUACAAACAACAAAAACUAAAACACAAGUGAAGUCUGGAAAUGCACCGUGACGACAAGAGCUCAGUGAAUAAAACUGAUUGGAGGAAAACUUAAAUUACUUAUGAGUGCUUAAGUUGUAAUUGUACUUCUUUGCAUUUUUUAAUCUACUUGUGGGAUAACCUGUAUAACAUCGAAUUAUGCAUUCAUGAGCUAAUGUGCUGUAAAUUGAAUAGAAUUGAUUGUAGGGUUAGAGUUAACUCCUCAUCUCCUGCAAUGUUCACAACCUGGUUUAUGAUCAUGUGCAUGUUUGUGUGAGUGGACACAGA